AGGAGUCGGUUCUUCGGCAGCCCCGGCUGUUUUGCUGCCGCUUCUGCCGCUGUCGGUUUUUUUCGAGCCGAAGCGGAGUCGCCGACGGCCAGACCGCGGGGAGGAGUAGCGUAGGUUCAGGAGCGGAGGUGGAGGCGGUGGCGGAGCGGGCUCGGAGCUCCCUGGAUCAGGAUCACCGAUGGAGCUGUCGGCCAUGGGGGACCGCGUGUUCGCCGCCGAAGCCAUCCUGAAGCGGCGCGUGCGGAAAGGCAGCAUUGAAUAUCUGGUUAAAUGGAAAGGAUGGGCAUUGAAGCACAGCACAUGGGAGCCAGAAGAAAACAUCCUGGACGGUCGGCUCAUCACAGCCUUCGAGCAGAAGGAGCGGGAGCAAGAGCUCUAUGGCCCAAAGAAGCGGGGACCUAAACCAAAAAACUUUCUCCUCAAGGCAAGAGCUCAAACAGGUGAAACGUCAUCCCGAGGGUCCAGCGCUCGUCACACUCCUCCUCACUCUUCCUCCUCAGCCGCUGUCACUCCUAAUCCUCCAUCUUCCUCAUCAUCUGCUUCCCUAGCUCCCACACCCAGACUGCACUCCUUGGCUGCGUCUCACAAGCUGAAGAAGGACAUCCAUCGCUGCCACCGGAUGUCUCGCCGACCGUUACCCCGUCCCGACCCAGAUGGCUCCUCCUUUUCCUCCCGGUUGCCCAUCUCUCCAUUCUCUGAGACUGUGCGCAUCCUCAACCGUAGAGUCAAGCCACGAGAGGUCAAGCGGGGUCGCAUCAUCCUCAAUCUGAAGGUCAUCGACAAAUACGGUGGCGGAGCGACCAACAGAAGGCCGGCACAGACACAGCAAGGACGGGCGCAGCUCCCAUCCCGGAAUCGCAUCAUUGGGAAGAAGCAGGGCGACAUGCCCUACAGGCCCUUCCAGCCUCCCAUGAAAAUGCUUGGCUUCCCCAUGUACGGGCAGCCGUUUGGACUUCAGCCAUGCCUACCUGUUUCAGUCCAGACUAGCAAAAGAGCGGGAUCUACCCCUGUAGCUAAAGGCAGGGGCCCAGGCCGUCCUUCAAAGCCCAAAUUUCCAUACCAGUCACCCCCUUCACCUUCUAGCUCCAGCGGGUCUGAAAGUGACGCUCCUUCUCCACCCCAAAUCCAGCCUGGCCCUCCACAGGCACCACCCGAGACUGCCCCAUCGUCCCCUCCAGUGCUAAGCCCAGAAACUCCUUCCCGUUGCUCUGGCGUUCCUCAGAGUCGCAGCAGUGGUGCCAAGCCUGGAUCAGCAUCCAGUCCCACAUCCUUCCUGCCCUCCUCACCAUCCCUCUCUUCUUCCUCAUCAUCAUCACCUGAAGAUGAAGAUGAGAGGGCUCAGAAACUCCCCGCCCCACCGAAGGGUGGAAGGAGGAAGCCGUGCCGACGAUUCCGGGCGUCUGAAGGUGCCAAUUCUCGCCCGACAGCAGAGAAGAAGGCCUUGAAAAGGGGCAACCCUGACUGGCGCCCUGAACGGGCACCCAGCUGCGCCAACGUGGUAGUCACUGACGUGGCCACCAACCAACUCACUGUCACCAUUAAGGAAUUCUGCAAGCCUGGAGCCAGUUCCACAGAUUCCACACCCCCGUCCCCGUCCCAAGCGAAGAGCCCCAGCUUUUCCACCCUUUCUGCCACCUAGGCCUCUCCAGCUAAUAGACUCUUCACCCAGUAACCCCAAUAAGAACUUGCCAUAAAAAUAUUCAGCUUCCCAAAAAGAGAGUUGCCAUUGAUGAAAUUGAAAAGUAUUUUUUAAUGGAUUUUAGAUGUAUAUGGAAGUAAUAUGUGGAGAUGCAGAGAGUUUGGACUCUGCAUAUUCCUUUCAACCGCACAUUGAUCCACACAAGAGAUUCUAGUACUUUAUUAAUAGUUUUUCUUUGGUGUUUAUGAUGACCCUGUUUUUUAAGACAGUUUGGUUAAAAAUAAGGCAUUCUGGAUUUUUUACCAAAUCUAGAUUUCACACAAAUUUUACAUUAUUGGGUUACAGUAUACAACAUUACACGCAUCCAGCAGGCCCUAUAUUAGCCAUCCUAGGGCUAACAGGAGGACACUUCAGACACUCAGUCACUGUAUUGAAUCAUACCUGCAUAGGUGUGACCAAGUGACUCUGGUGUUUUGGUCAUACGGUCUUAGAUACAAGUCAAGUCAAAUCCAGAGUGAAACUGCAUCGUAGCGGAAAUCAGUUGCUAGAGCAAGUUGAAGUGAAUUGUCUCAGUGUGAUUUAUAAAGACUGCCGGGUCAUCGUGUGAACAUACAUUCUGCUUCGUUUGAAGUCCAUGAAUUCUGUAAAGAUUGUGCUUUAGCACCUGCACUUGUUUGGCAACAGCCAAAGCAUGCAUCGUAACAAGCCCACAUCCUUUCCUCCCAAGGGUUUGAGAUCCCAUUCCACCACAAGGCGUACACCAGACUGGACCUAAAUGCACGCACAGCGAAAAAGCUGCAUAGACAGUUCAGAUCUGCUCCACCUCUCCUGUCUACCCCGUCCAUUACCGAAGAACUGCGUCCACCAAGACGCUAAACUGCCAGUGUUUUUUUUCUGUGAAUACGCCAAGGACUGCGUCUCAAGAUUGCUACUGUACCGCUGUUCCCAUCCCUUUCGCAUAUUCCCUCUGUCUUCAGGAGUCCUGUUUGCCUUCCGACCUAACCCAAGUUUAUGUUUGGUUUGGUGUGAUUUUGACUUUCUUUUUCCAGGGCUUUCAUAAGACAUUGAUGUUUCGUAGAGUUGGUUUAAGAAGCUUGAAGGUUGUCUUGUUUCACCCAGUUCUACCAAAUAUAAGUUCUUGCCUUGGUUGUUGAUACUGGCUGUGGCCAACACCUGAUAAUGCAUCUUAAACCAGUUCUGCGAAAUAGACUCUGGUCCGACUGAGUGCUAGCAUGGAUAGAUCAGACCUGGGAUAAAAACAACAAACAGUCCACUUUGUUUUAUGUGAUGAUUCAUAUUGGUUCUGUCAACUCGUAGCAUACGUGGUAAACUGCACUUACCAAGGUUCAGCGCGACCACACUUUGAUUUAUUUCAUUUCCUGUCAAAAUGGGCAGUAAUUAAUUUUUCAGCAUGACGAAAAAGAAAUCUGCAGCCACACCUCCAAAGUUCAGUCUUAGAAGUUGGUUUCAUUUCCUGCUUCUCACAAACACGUUCAGUGUUGACCGGACUCUUGAGUGCCUGGUCCGUUGUUCUGAGAACACCAGCAACUUCUUUGUUUGGUGCUUGUAUUUUCAAGAUGAAAGCUUGGAAGUAUAUAAUGUAUCUGGUGGGGACCAUUUUGGUGGUCUACUAGGUGUUGCAGGUGGUUGUCAGGUGUCCCAUUUUCUUUAUAUCUUUUUUUUUUCUUUUCAGUUUUGGACACUCCUGUCGAUGUUCCCCUCCCUUUUGCAGGGAGGAGGAUCUUCUGUCUUAUCUGACAAUUGCACAACGUGUACUUAACAACUGCUUCUGCUGGAAAUGAAUGAAAUGAAGGGUGGUCUCUGACUUUUGCUGAGUACUGUAGAUGAAUUGUUUUGUUUGAGAGAUAUUCUUUCAGAGCUUUUUGCACAAGGGCUCGUGUGAAUGUAACUUGAGGGAUUUCGUUUUUUGGGGGGGGGGUUUGCACGCGCUGUUGCUUACGUUAAUUAAUUUUCAACGUCGGGUUUAUCCAUGGUAUACAAUUGCAAAAGCAGGUCAUGUAUUUAUGGCUUAUUUAUACACAACAUAAUCCCUGAAAGCAACCCUGGUAUCUUUCAUACCUGUGCCCUUCCGUAAGGCCUGUAGGGAAUGCUGCGUCCUGCUAGCGGUACAAGGAGUUUGGCAUUGAAAGUUCACAUGGCAGCUAACUCAACUGUGGCGAAGGAUAACGCAAUGUCAGACGCUACCGUAGGACAUGAAAAAAGUCACUUGAUUUAAUUAUAGAGCGCAAUUCAAUUAAGCAGCGCAUGACCGCAGAAUCCCUGCUAAUCUUAAUUACUGUGCCUUUGGGAACUUUGGGGAGAGGAUACUAUGAAGGAACAUUUUACAUGAUACAAGGCUGAAAAUGGUGUAGAUAUGACUUUUUUUUUCUUUCCUAAUCUAACCUUCCUAGAUUAUAGAUUAUAGGUUUCUUUCAUUUUGGGGCAAUAGAUUAUCUUACCUCCCUAGUCAUUUGUUUCCAAAGCAGCUGGCGCUUGCCAUUUCUGCGCUAGUAUUAUUCCUAGUUAUUUAGUGACCAAAUGUACUCUUUUAGACCUGCAUAGCACUGUCCAUUAGAUUAUUUUGCUUAGUUAUUAUUGUCUUUUAAUUGUUGUAUUUCCAAGCUCCAUAGGUGAUGUUUAUCCCAGGUCUGGGAGAUAUGGACUUACUGACCCUCCCUUCUCUGGUGCUGCCCCAUCGUAGGGCGUCUCGUGUGGUGCAUCUGUACUAUAGCCGGUAUAAUGAAGCAUGUGUUGCCUUCCACAGCUGUGUUUGAACUCCACAAUUUAGUGACCCCCUUUCACUUAGGAAGUGUUCCACUUUACUGACAGCUGAGUCUCUGUUUACCCGUGUGUACUGUAAUGUUAGCGAUUAACCGUAGGAGUUACUAUGGCGUGAAAACAGCUUUUGCGAAGGUGGCUUGUCGUCCAGAGGUAGCACAGCACUAAGUUAUCAAGUGGCCUACGUUUAUAUUUUCAAUAGGGCUCGAAGUUCUUUUGGAUGUAGCCACCAGGGCCAGUCGUGGCACCUAUGAGAAGAGAUUAUUGUUUUAAAAAAAAAAAAAAAAGAACUUAACACCUUCAGAUAGCGGAAGAUUGUCUGGAGCGUUUCUUCGAGGGCUUCUUGUCUUUUUAUUUGAAUUUUCGUACUGUAGAAGUGAUUAAGUGCCGCCUUUCCUUUAUAGCCAUUGUUGUUCUAUUUUAAUAGUCCAGUUUGGGUUUGAGCGAAUGGAAAACCCAAAAACCGAAUUAAGUGUGAUUUCUGAAAUGUGUCUGUAUGGUUUUAUGUAUAAGGUAAAUGCCAUUGAUGAAGUUGAUAAUAUUAAUGUUGACGAUGAUGAUAACGUAAUGUAUCUGAUGCAUGUUUUGCAAACCCUAAUUGUACAGGUCAUUUAAAUGUCAAUUAUUGAUGUUGCUUUGUGUGUUGCUCUUGUAAGAUGCUUUUAAUAAAAAUCACCCCAAAGGCAAA